AUGUCCCCCGUAACCGAAUUCGCCCUCCUCCACCUCACCACCAAACCGCCCCCCCACGACACCAACACCACCAACACCAACCCCCUCCCCACCCCCCUCCGCGAAACCCUCACCACCGCCAUGCGCGUCCAAGACGACUGGCACGCGACGGCGUUCCCCAACCUCCCGUCCUCGUCCGCCGACCGCGCCGCCGUGUGGUUCUCACAGGUCGAGGACCCGGCCUGGCUGCUGACCACGGCGCGGUGGCCGUCGGUGGCGGCGCACUGGGACUGGAUUCGCAGCGCGGCGAACGAGCGGGUCAUGGGCGAGCUGGGGCCGAGUAUUGUGGCGGGGGAGACGGUUUUGUUUCAUGUGGCUGGGGGGAUAUUUGGGAAGGGUAGGGGUGGUACUGGUGAUGGUGGGCUGGGUUCGUUGCUGGAGAGUCCGGUUAUCAGUGUGCGGAGGAUCUUUGUGAAGAGGGUGGAUAGAGCGGCUUUCGAGGCCAAGUUUGAGGAGGUGAGGGGGAUACUGGAGGGGUAUGCCCGGCCUCAUCUGGUUCGGUUCGGGUGGCGGGAGGAUGUGGAGGACGGAGAGGAUGAGGAUGAGUUCGUGCUUGUGUGUGGCGGGGACAGCGUCGACCAGCACUUUGCGUUUGCCGAGUCCGAAGGGUUCGCCAGGUACGGUGAGCUCCGGGAGUUGAUUGCGCGGGUCGAUCUGAAGCACUAUAAGCCGUUGUCGCUGGAAUAG